AAGGCUGAAAAAGAGGAAAACAAAAACAAGAUGGAGGAGGAUGAGGAAACCAGGGAAGUGCUCUUUCCAGACUGGGAGGGCCCAGACCAAACCGGAUUGACAAUUGAACAGGCAAGUGGAGGAGAGCUAUUUGUCAAAGAGGUUAAAGGAGAGUCACCUGCAGCACGAUCUGGAAAAGUGUAUCAAGGUGACCAGAUUGUGGGUGCCACUAUUUACUUUGAUAAUAUGAGCUCAGAAGAGACAGCAGAGCUAUUAAAGACAUUGAACAAACACAAAGUUGGACUGAAACUACAAAACAAAGGAGAGAAAUCUCCUUGCCACUCACCCAUGAGUACACCAUGCCGUUCUCCAAUGGGCACCCUAACGUGGGAAGGGAGACUUGGAGCAACCAGUCCAGACGUCAUUCUCAGUGGGGAUGAUGAGGACUAUAAAAGAAUAUACACAAGAAAGAUUAAACCACGGCUGAAGUCUGAAGAUCUUGCAGAAGGAGUGGAUGUUCGUACAGAGCGACACAGCAGCACAAGCAGUGAUGGCAGCACAAUUACGACAGUUACUCGCCGCAUCACUACGUACACAGUGGAAAUGCCAAGUGGCAUAAGCGAGAAACUAGAACUGUCAAGUCCAGAGUUUAAAGGGCUACAGCAUGAAACUGGAGAUGGCUCCCCACGUAUGAGAAUUGUACAUAGCAGCUCUUCAGGUAAAGUUGAAAGAGAUGAUGGUGUUUUUGAGUCCACUGGUAUCAGAGGUAAAAGUCCUAAUAUUGAAGUAACAAGUCAUGAAGGCACUGAAAUCUUAAGAGGGCGUGGAGAGAAGGGAGCUAGAAGUAUUCAUGUUUUUGAAGCACUCGGGGACAGUACAAAAUCUAGUACUAUGCAUGUAACAAUAGGAGGGUCAGAAGGAGCAGGAAAAACCUCAAAUGAUGAAAAUGGAAGAUCAAUCAAACAUGAAAAAAUCAAUCAAAUGUCUACUACUAGCAUGGAUAAAACACAGACUGGAGGGUCAGGCAGUAGUUUUGUUGAAAGGACAGUGAAAACAUCUAAAGGUACCAUCAGUCAGCCACAAAAACAAGGUUCAAGCUGUUUCAAAGUCAGAAUUGAGGGAGAGUCAGAAGAUGUUGAUGAGGUCACAACAGAAUUUUCCUCAGAUCCAGGUGAGACAUCAUUGGCAGUUAAAGAUGUCACAAUUCAAAGUUCAAAGUGGACAGAUAAGAAUUCCAAUGAGGGAGAAACAGUAGCAAUGAAAAUAGAGAGUAAAUGUCCAGAUGUAAAAAUUUUCACAAAAGAGGGGGAUGUGAAAAUGUCUCACAUGAAAAUGCCAUCUGUAAAGACAACUGAAGCAAAUGUCAAAAGUGAUUACAAAUCCCAAGAGAGCUACAAAACUGGAAUUAAAAUACCUCACAUGGGGAUGCCCUCAUUUGGCCUAAAAGAUCCAAAAGUAGAAGGUGCAGAUGUUGAUGUCAGACAAAAUAUCAACAAACCAUCUACUUCAGAAGACAAAUUCUACAUGUCUGAUGUUGACCUCAACCUAAAAGACCCAAAAUUGAAGAAAAAUGAGGAAAUCUCAAUUAAAAGGAUUGAGGGAGACAUUAAAACACUUGACAUUAAAAUAAAAACACCAGAGAUUGACCAAAAAGGAAAAGAGGGAGGUUUUGUAAUGCCUAAAGCCGAAAUGCCAUCAAUAAAGCUAAAAGGACAUAAGAUUGACAUCCAAGACAUUGAGUAUCGUCUAAAAGGCCCAAAUCUUGAUGGAGAUUUGGAUGUUAAAAUGUCAAAAGUUACAGGAGACAUAAAAGCUCCUGAUGUUGACAUUGAAGACCCAGCUAUUUACACUGAGGGUCAGAUGGGAGGAAUUAAAAUGUCUAAAUUCAAGCUGCCAUCAUAUGGUUUAAAAGGUCAAAAGGUAGAUGGUUCAGAUGUUGACAUCAACCUUCCAAAAGCAAACAUUGAUGUGAAAGCACCUGAUGUUGAUAUUAAAGGGCUAGAUAUUAAAAUAGAGGGACCAGAUGCAAAACGAAAAGGAUCCAAAACCAUUAUGCCAUCUAUUUCAGGACCCCAAAUAUCCAUGCCAGAUGUGGACUUAAAUUUGACAGGCCCCAAAUCCAAAGGUGAUGUUGAUGUCAAUGAACCAAGACUUAAGGGAGACUUCAAAACACCUGACAGUGAAAUCAAGACUUCAGAGAUCGAAAUUGAAGGGAAAAAGGGUGUAUUUGAAAUGUCUAAAAUAAAAAUGUCAUCAGUGAACAUCAAAGGUCCAAAAAUAGAGAGCCCAGAUGUUGACAUCAGUCUAAAAGGCCAAGCACUUAAAGGGGAUGUGGAUGUUAAAAUGCCAAAGGUCAAAGGAGGCAUAAAUGCACCUGAUGUUGAAAUUGAAUGCCCAGACAUUGACAUUGAAAGCCACAAAGGAGGAAUUAAAAUGCCAAAGGCCAAGAUGCCAUCAUUUGGAUGGAAAGGGCCAAAAGUAGAAGGUCCAGAUGUUGACAUCAACCUUCUGAAAGCAGAUAUUGAUGUGAAAACACCUGACAUUGACAUAAAAGAACCAGAUGUUGAUAUUGAGGGACGAGAUGCAAAACUCAAAGAACCCAAAUUCAACGUGCCAUCUAUGUCAGGACCCAAAAUAUCCAUGCCAGAUGUUGAUUUCAGCUUGAAAGGCCCCAGACUAAAAGGUGAUGUGGAUGUGAAUGUUCCAAAGAUAAAGGGAGACAUCAAAACACCUGACAUUGCCUUCAAUGCUCCAAAGAUUGACCUUGAAGUGUCAAAGGGUGGAUUUGAAAUGCCUAAAAUCAAAAUGCCAACAUUGAACAUCAAAGGUCCAAAAUUAGAGAGCCCAGAUUUUGACAUUAAUCUAAAAGGCCCAAAACUCGAAGGGGAUAUGGAUGUUAAAAUGCCAAAGGUCAAAGGAGACAUAAAAGCACCAGAUGUUGACAUUGAAGGCCCAGAUAUUGACAUUGAGAGCCACAAAGGUGGAAUAAAAAUUCCUAAAUUCAAGAUGCCAUCAUUUGGACUGAAAGGUCCAAAUGUUGAAGGUCCAGAUGUAGAUAUCAACCUUCCAAAAGCAGACAUUGAUGUGAAAGCACCUAACAUUGACAUAAAAGGACCAGAUGUUGAAAUUGAGGGACCUGAUACAAAAUUCCAAGGUCCCAAAUUCAACAUGCCAUUAAUUUCAGGACCCAAUAUCUCUAUGCCAGAUGUGAACUUCAACUUGAAAGGCCCAAAACUCAAAGGUGACGUGGAUAUCAAUGCUCCAAAGAUAAAGGGAGACAUCAAAACACCUGACAUUGACAUCAAUGCUCCAAAGAUUGACAUUGAAGGGCCAAAAGGUGGAUUUGAAAUGCCAAAAAUCAAAAUGCCAUCACUGAACAUCAAAGGUCCCAAAAUGGAGAGCCCAGAUUUUGACAUUAACCUAAAAUCCCCAAAACUUGAAGGGGAUAUGGAUGUUAAAAUGCCAAAGGUCAAAGGAGACAUAAAAGCACCUGACAUUGACAUUGAAGGCCCAGAUAUUGACACAGAAGGCCACAAAGGAGGGUUUAAAAUGCCUAAAUUUAAGAUGCCAUCAUUUGGUUUUAAAAGUGCAAAAGUAGAAAGUCCAGAUGUUGAUAUCAACCUUCCAAAGGCAAAAAUUGACAUGAAAGCACCUGACAUUGACAUAAAAGGACCAGAAGUUGACAUUGAGGGACCUAAUACAAAACUCAAAGGACCCAAAUUCAACAUGCCAUCUUUUUCAGGUCCCAAAAUUUCUAUGCCAGAUGUGGACUUGAACUUGAAAGGCUCCAAACUGAAGGGUGAUGUGGAUGUAAAUGCUCCAAAAAUUGACAUUGAAGGGCCAAAGGGUGGAUUUGAAAUGCCUAAAAUGAAAAUGCCAUCACUGAACAUCAAAAGUCCAAAAUUAGAGGGCCCAGAUUUUGACAUUAACCUAAAAGGCCCCAAGCUUGAAGGUGAUGUGGGUUUUAAAAUACCAAAGGUCAAAGGAGAAAUAACAACACCUGAUGUUGACAUUGAAGGCCCAGACAUUGACAUUGAAGGCCACAAAGGUGGGAUUAAAAUGCCUAAAUUCAAGAUGCCAUCAUUUGGAUUGAAAGGUCCAAAAGUAGAAGGUCCAGAUGUUGACAUCAACUUGCCAAAAGCAGACAUUGAUGUAAACGCACCUGACAUUGACAUAAAAGGACCAGAUGUUGAUAUUGAGGGACCUGAUGCAAAGCUCAAAGGACCCAAAUUCCACAUGCCAUCGAUUUCAGGACCCAAAAUUUCCAUGCCAGAUGUGGAUUUCAACUUAAAAGGCCCCAAACUGAAAGGUGAUGUGGACAUCAAUGCUCCAAAGAUAAAGGGAGAAAUUAAAACACCUGACAUUGACAUCAAAUCUCCAAAGAUUGACAUUGAAGCACCAAAGGGUGGAUUUGAAAUGCCUAAAAUCAAAAUGCCACCACUGAACAUUAAAGGACCAAAUUUAGAAAGCCCAGACUUUGACAUUAAUCUAAAAGGUCCCAAACUUGAAGGAAAUAUGGAUGUUACAAUUCCAAAAAUCUCAGGAGAUAUUAAAGCACCUGAUGUUGAUAUCAAAUCUUCAGAGAUUGACAUUGAUAGGCCCAAAGGUGUACUUGAAAUCCCUAAAAUCAAAAUGCCAUUUGGAUUCAAAAGCGCAACCUUGCCAAGUGCAGAUGUCCUGACCAUGUUGCCUUUCUGCAGUAUGAGAGGUUUCAGCCUCAGCCAGGCGAUUGCAAGAGGUCAGCUAGUCCCACAGAGUUCCCUCGGCCUGCAGGCAAUGUCACCCGUCAGACCUGGAACAGACCACAUCUGGCUCAACUCUCCUCCUUGGCCCUUAGUUCCAUUUAAACGUGGCAAAGUUCUCAUGCCCGAAGUCUGCAGUGCCCUGCAGACUUUUCAGGUGGCAAUGUCCUUCUGUUGGCAGUGA